AUGACUAUGAGCUCAUAAUAAACCGAAAAGGAGGCAGCAAAUACAUUCAAAGAACUUUACAAUAAUGAAAACCACUAUAACGAGAAGUUGCUAAGACAGGUUGACGCUGUGGAUAAAAAGAUUAAUGAUUUGGGUUUGCUUUUGGUUGACUUGCAAGAAAGAUGCAUGUUUGUGGGUAGAGAAAAUAGCGUCCUCCCACCACUGCAAGAUAUCCUAUAAUAUCUAACAGCAUGCUUUGAGAAGGUUAAUAAUGAAGCCUGUAGGAUUAUUGUGAGCAAGAUAUUUAGACAAAUUAUAGCAUUUAUAAAGAAGUAUACAAAUAAUUCCUAUUGUGUUGGCUUGUAUUUGAAUUUGAACAGAGUAAUCAAGGCUGAGAUGGAUUUGAAUGAAUGCAUGAAAGAGGUGAGAUAGCUUUUGAAAUUAGUUAAUUUCCUGAAAUUCCAAAAUGCAGCCUAUACUGUGUACACAGGCUUAAAGUGGCUCAAGAAAGCAAGAAUCAAUAUUCACUAUAAGGCGAAGAGAGAUGUUCUAUUUGAUGAGUGA